UUCUAAAACCGGAAACUAAAAGAACAUUCUGGACUUUCUCCACCCUUCUCUUCUAUUGUCUUCUCUUCUUAAAAUAUCCAGGAAUGGUCCGGUAACAACGCUUAUUUGCCCCACAAUUCACCUUUUUCUUUUUCUUUUUCUAUUUCAUUAAAGAAAAUUCAAAACAACGAUUGAAACAAGAAAUAGUUGAAACCGAUCACUGUUGAAAUCGAAAUAGUUCGAAAUUAGAUUUGUAAUAGUAAUGUCGGAGAAAGCACGAGGAAUUGCAAUGAAUUUUCCCGCGGAAGAUGAAGAAAAGGGGUCGCCAAUGUCUCCUCCUAAGUCUCUCUCUCCAAAGCUUCCUCCAAGGCUUAGAAGCCGUCUUAUGGUCUCCAAAUCGCCCAUUACUGCUGAACACAUUGAAUCCAAACUCAAUCAAGCUCAUCAAAGACGACAUGUCUCUCAAUUCUAUGAGCUGUUGUAAAAAAAGGCUGUGCCAAAGUCGACAGAUUCGUCUCCCUCAUCUACAGACGAAGAUCUGGGUAAGCGGCUUGAGCCAAAUCUUAAAGGUGCUGAUCAGAAAAGGUCUGUGAGACGGUUUUUGCAUUUGAGGAGAACUACUUUUGCCCUAGCGAAAGCUUUUGAGGCUCUAGCAAUUAGUGAAGAAUCUGUUAAGUCAAUGUCAUUUGAGCAGCUUGCCCUUAAAAUUGAAUCAGCUACAACUAUUAGAAGCACAAAAGCAUUACUUGAUCGUCAAGAGAGUCGAUAUUUGAUCUCGCAAGCAGCUACUGGUAGCAGUCUUCCUAGUUUGGAGAACAUUGAUUACCUUCUGCAGCGUGUUGCUUCACCAGUCAGAAAGGAAAACAUUAAAAUCAAGAAGGUUUCUAAGAACAUUCUUUCUAAUAAUGAAGCCUCUUUAAGUUCAGUUGCAUUGCCUAGGUAUCCAGUUAGAGUUUUUCUUUGUGCAUAUAUGAUACUGGGACACCCAAAUGCAGUUUUUAAUGGGAGAAGAGAGAGUGAGAAUGAUCUGGCUCAGUCGGCAACUAAUUUUAUUGGUGAAUUUGAGCUAUUACUUGAGAUUAUAUUACAUGGGUCAAAUAAGACUGCCCAGAAAGAUACAACUCCUGCACCCAGCAUAAUUACUUUCACAUCCCAGCUAGAAACCUUUGAUAAGGCAUGGCACUCGUACCUGUUGCAAUUUGUUGCAUGGAAAGAUACUGAUGCUAAGUUGUGAGAGCAUGAUCUGGUGAGAGCGGCUUGCCAACUUGAGAUUUCUAUGCAAUCCUGUAAGCUGACUCCCGAACUUGACAUGAAGGCUAUCCAAAAUAAGAUUACAGAAAAUCAGAAAUUAUUAAGGGAAAAAUUGCAGCAGCUAAGUGGUAAUCCAGGACUUGAAAACUUGGAAGCUGCUCUCUCUGAGGUACGGUCCAGAUAUGUUGGAUUAAAGGAAUCUGCUCAAUUAUCUUCCUCUCAGCCUGCUUCAUUGGGUGAUUCUUUAGUACCUGCAUCUGCUGAAACAAGUGGUCUUGCAGACACCCAUAAAAGUUAUAGUCAAACGAAUCAUAUUGUCUUUGACAAAGAUGAAUCUGACCUUGCCAAAGAAGCGGGUUCUUCUUUGUCUUUCAGAAGUGGUGCAGAUGGUCAUUUGAACCCUACUACCUUAGUAGUUGGUGAGAAUGAGCUGCUUGUAAAUGAAAUUCUCCAUGAUCAACACCUUGGUAUUGCUGAUAGUUUGACAGUCAGCAAUGAUGGUCAGAACAGUCUUAAGGCAAAUGUGAGAGAGACUAUUGAAAAAGCUUUUUGGGAUGGUGUCAUGGAGUCCAUGAAAGACAAUGAGUCCGACUUCAGCUGGAUUCUUAAACUUGUCACAGAAGUAAGAGACGAACUAUGUCAUAUAUCUCCUAAAAGUUGGAAACAAGAAAUUAUGGAAAGUAUCAAUAUUGAAAUUCUCGCACAGAUGCUGAGACCAGGUGAUUUAGAUGUGGAUUAUCUUGGAAAGGUUCUAGAGUUUGCAUUAGGGACUUCAAGGAAACUUUCUGCGUCAGCUAAGGAAGAUGAUAUGAAGACUACACAUUACCAGUUUUUAAAAGAACUGGGAGAAAUUUUACAGUCUGAAGACAAAUCAAAAGCUUCAUGUGCCCUUGCUAUAACCAAGGGUCUGCGCUUUGUUUUGCAGCAGAUUCAGACUCUUAAGAGGGAGAUUGGCAGAGCACGUUUGAGAAUGGUAGAACCACUCAUUAAGGGCAAUGCUGGUAUAAAGUAUCUGAGAAAAGCUUUCUCUGAUAGGCAUGGUUCUCCUGCACUAGCCUCUACUUCUUUGCCAAUUACAAGGCAAUGGGUUUCAUCUGCGAAAAUGAUGGUAGAGCAGGAGUGGCAUGAAUACAAUAAUUCUUUAUCUGUUGUUACUAAUAGUGGACCUUCCUCUGUACUUCCCCCCACCACUCUCCGGACUGGAGGCAACAUUUUUGGAACAAAAUUCAGCUCCCAAACCUCUUCAACAGACACUAUUGAUACACCUUUUCCAGGAAAACAAUUACCGGAGUGUGUGGGUGAAGAAAUUGAUUUGUUGAUUAGAUUUGGUUUAUUAAAGCUAGUACAUGAAGUAGGCGGCCUGAGCCUAGAAGUUUUGCCUGAAACUCUUAAGAUGAAUCUUCCCAGGCUAAGGGGUGUUCAAUCUCAAUUUCAGAAGAUUAUAGUAAUGUCUACCUGUUGUUUGGUUCUUCGUCAAACCCUGUUGAACGAGAACUUAGUGACUAAUGCUCUGGACAUGGAGGCAAUAGCAUUAAGAUGCGUAAAUCAGCUCUCUAGCCAACUGGAAACUGGCGAGGACAUUGGUAUACCAGACAUUGUUAAAACAAUAAGUGGGUGUGCAGAAAAUAAUGACCAUCAUUCAUGCCCAGAGAAACUCGAGGCGAGGAAGCAGAUUAUGGCAAGCAUGUUGGGGAAAAGCCUUCAAGCUGGUGAUGCCAUUUUCAAACGGGUUUCUCAUGCUGUUUAUCUAGCUGCAAGAGGGGUUGUCUUUGGAGGAAAUGGAAUCAAGGGAAGAGAACUUGCUGAGGCAUCUCUUCGGCCAAUUGGUGCCACUCUUCAUGCGGAUAAUUUGGUCAAGGCUGCAGAAGUACUAAUUGUUGUGGCAGCUGUAACAUGCAAUGUUCACAGGCCAUGGUAUGAGGAACUGCUCAAGACCCAGUGAUUUGCCCAACAGGAAAACAUGUCCUACAUAUAUAUAAUAUAUUUAUAUGAAUGUAUAUUAUUUUAUUGUAAACAACCAUUUGUUUGUAUAAUUGUGGCAAUCUUUAAAUGCAAGUUGUAUGGUGGAUGAAUGAGUUUUGGUGUAGUUAUUAAACUUAUCAAGAUUGUAAAAUAUCGAAUUUCAUAUUUUCUGUGUAAAGAUUGGGUGUUGGAAAUUGCACAAGUUUUGUUGAA